AUGGCGGCUCCAGCUGGUAGGACUCACUUGGCCGUGGUCAAGGCAAUAAGCGCGUGGGUGAAGUGGUGUAAAUUUGAGGCCAAAUCUGUGGAAGUUACAAAAACUAGCGAUGCAAACAGGAACUGCAAAGUGAUACUCCAGUCAAGGCCCCUUCCUCUGUGCCUUGCACCAGCUUUCAACCUAUCAGACCCUGCGCAGGGAUUAUUUGUCUGGCAUCUGAAGAACACUGGAAUACGGCAGAUACCAUGCCAGUUUGUGCAUCUAUGCCGCGUAGCCAAUGACAGAUUGAUUACGUUUCAGUACUUUAACUUUCUUAAACGAAUGUAUGUAACACAAUACAACAAAGACCUCAGUCAGCGAGCCAAACCGAAGUCAGAUUCAGUUGCAUCCCCUUUUUGUGAGCUUCAGCAAUUUGAUCAAGAAAAAAAGGUUAUACACAAGAUUAGACCCGUUUUACCUGUUCAUCAACCUUUGUCUGAGACGCCAAGCAGAAAUGCGUUGAGACAAAUGAAGUCAGCUGCAAAAACUGAAGACUCAGUCACACCAGUAAAAGCAGAAUCCAAAGACCACAAGCAAUGGAAAGAAAUGAAGCUACGGCUUGAUGACUUGCCGGGAAUUUUGGCACGCUUGUCCAAAAUUAAGCUUACAGCUCUGGUUGUAAGCACCGCGUCUGCUGGCUUUGCCAUGGCCCCGGUCCCUUUUGACCUGACCUGUUUCCUGCUUGCCUCCCUCGGAACUGGACUGGCGUCCUGUGCUGCCAACUCCAUCAAUCAGUUCUUUGAGGUUCCAUUUGACUCGAAUAUGAACAGGACAAAAAACAGACCACUGGUGCGAGGACAGAUCAGCCCCCUGCUUGCCGUCUGCUUUGCUGCCUCCUGCGGAGUCCCGGGAAUCGCCCUGCUGACGCUGGGAGUAAACCCUCUCACCGGGGCCCUGGGAGCCUUCAACAUUUUCUUGUACACGUGUUGCUACACACCCAUGAAGCGAAUGAGCAUUGCCAACACGUGGGUGGGAGCCGUCGUCGGUGCCAUUCCCCCCGUCAUGGGCUGGACUGCAGCUACUGGUAGUCUUGAUGCUGGUGCAUUACUGUUAGGAGGAAUCCUCUACUCCUGGCAGUUCCCUCACUUCAACGCCCUGAGCUGGGGUCUGCGGGAAGAUUACUCCCGAGGAGGAUACUGUAUGAUGUCCGUCACCCACCCGGGGUUGUGCAGGCGGGUGGCUCUGCGUCACUGCUUGGCCUUAAUCGGACUCUCAAUGGUGGCUCCUGUGCUCGACAUCACCACGUGGACUUUCCCUGUCAUUUCGCUCCCUAUUAACCUCUACAUCUCCUACCUCGGCUUUCGGUUCUACAGGGAUGCAGACCGCAGCAGCUCCAGGAAGCUCUUCUUCUGCAGUCUGUGGCAUUUGCCAAUGCUGCUGCUUGUCAUGUUCACGUGCAAGAAAUCGUUCCUCGAGAAGGAAGACAAAGGCGAUCUGCUUGGUGGAAAUCAUGGGAGGGCUAUGGAAAUUAGAUUGCCUUAAAUGUCAAUUACUUGUCAUCCUCGAGACACAUCAGGUAGUAUAUUUUAGUAAUUACAAGGGGGAAACCUGUGGGGAUGUGUUUGAAAAAGAAUCAUUUGUGCCUAGCGACCACUUCAUGUGAUAAUUUUCUAUUUUCUGCAAGGGAAUAGACGUCGAGAGCUUAAAGCAUUCGUGGGCCUCAGGCUCACUCACACAUCACAGAUUUAAAUUUAGCCUAUGUCAGAAGCACAUCACUUCGGGACGGCCUUCCAAAGUCUCCGCGAGUCGUGGUCUCUCAUCUCGUGGGUAGGUUUUCAGUUAGCAAGUCACAUGCGCACACUUACUGUCCGCCAGCACUGGCAGCCUUGGCAAAGCCGUCAGGAGGCGACAGAUGAAUGAUUUAUCACCCCUGCUCCCCGAGCAUCCUUUCCAAAUUAAGCUUUGAGGCACAUGGUGGGUUGGGUGAACUCUUCUUCUCUUGACCCGUGCCUCCCCGCUCUGAUUAUUACACAGAAGCCUUCAGCUCCUGAGGCUUUUUUCAAUCAGUUACUUUUCCCAAGGUUCCCAUUCACCCCAAUAGAUUUUUAGCUUUCGUACUGCUGGCACAAUGCUAAGGGAGUAAAGAAAACUGUCUUUCAGCACACUACACAUCAGCAUUUAAAUAACAGAACAACUUGCAGAUGAGCAGCUCCUCUGUAGCAUAUACCUUGAACACACUCUGAGCCAUUCUACUGUACAUCCGUCACGGGGAAUUUCUGACUCCCGUGUGCUUUUACGUCAUUAGAAUUUGAGCCCUGCGUGUCAGAUCUUCCGCUGGUAAAAAUUGCCAUUACUGUUUAUGCCAGUGAAGCUUUGAAAAGGUGUAGGAGGUGAGAACCAGACCUGAGAGUCUGGCAGCUUUAAGGCUUUUCUGUGCUAAUGUGUCUUGUGCCAGCCCAUUCAGUCUCUGUGUCCUCGGACAAGCUCUGGACUUGCAUCAAGAGUUUGAACUGUGUUUAAUAUCACAGACAGUUUGGACUGUAUUUAAUAUCACGCCGUGGUGGCCCAGAUAGGAAGCCUUACUUGGGCUGUGUCACUGGUGAGGAAACAUCUUUUACAGAAAAAAAGUCGGGGAUUUUUGUCUAAUAUUACAAUGGUCAAAUGGCAGCCAGUGUCUCUCAAAAGCAAUUAUUGUGGAUGGUCUCACUAGGAAAAUGCAUUAUCUUUGUUAACUGAUAUGCUGAAGAACAUUUCUAGCCACAGUCUAAUGUGCUUGUGAUCCCACUGCGGGGCCGUGGCUAACCUCAGCCUCCCCGGGGCUGGCGGCGACCCGCUGGGACGCUUCCAGCGCAGCAGCUUCCAGGGGAGGCACAGGCUGUGGUAUGGUUUAUUGUGGCAGUGCCUGCUACGACUUGAUGCGUUUUCCUGCCAAAAUUUCUUUCCCAUGGGGAGAGGGACUGGGCAGCACAGUUGUGCAUCGAUCCAGAGAUACAGGGAUACCUGAAAUGGGAGACACUGUCUCUGAUCUGAUCCCAAAUAAAGCCCUCCAGGAAACGUCACCCAUCUGCCACCGCGUGCCUAGCACGCUGGCUUCAAAGCUUCACUGGCUGUUUUCAUGACACGAACCCAGCUUCUGGUCUCAUUACACUGGUGUAAAUCAGGAGUGACACGGUUAACCCCUGUUCUGCUGGUGGAGGUGCUCACAGAGCAGAGCCACCUGCUUUACAUGGCUCUUAAAUACUCAGUUGCAAGUUUUUCUGAUUCUCUCAAGUGAUUGCAGGCAACAGGGAUUUGAGUUCCCUCUUACCGUUUGUCUGGCCUCCACUGUCCUCGAGUUGCUGUGGGCGACACUUCAUAGAAAUGCCCGGA